CCUGACUUCACUAUAGAAAGUUUUUUGAGGUUCUAUUUAAGUAAUUAGACAUUGUAUUUUAAUUUGUUAUUAAUUAUGGAGUGAUCAGUAAAUUAUUAAUUAAUUUUUUUAAAUGUUGAUCUUGCGAUUCCAGAAUGGCUGAAGAUAAUAGCCCUAAUUUGCUUAAUUUACGUGAGUUUCGUAUUCAUAAAAAACCAUCAUUUUCACACGAAGUUUCAUCAUCAUCUGAAUGUAAUGAUCAAGAGAAAGAAACAAAAAUAAUAUUAGAAGCUGUUGAAGGUAGCAGGAGAUAUGUUGUAGUAAGAAAAGAAGUAGGUAAGGAAAUGGAUCCAACUACAACCACUUCCUCUAACAGCAUUUCGACGAAAAAAGUGCCUAUAAUAAGGGAAUAUCUGUUAUCAUCUGAGGAACAAAAAGUAAGAUCCUCCAAAGAAGUUGAAAGUGCUCAAAAUGGGGUUACAAACAAUCCUAGAUCCAAGCAAAAACCACAACUUGUUUUAGAACGUGAAAGACAAAUGAAAUUUUUGAAGGAAAAAUUCAACGAUGUAGAUUCAUUAGUACUUCAUGAUGUCUUGUCUAGAUUUGAUUUUGAUGUUGAUAAAGCAAUAGAAGAGCUCAAUAAAUCGCGAGCAAAUUGUGUAACAGGUGUGAAUUAUCAAACAUGGAAACAAUUACAGCAACAAACGGUGCCUAAACCCCCCAUAACAUUGAAACAGCUGCCUGUUUCAAAUAAUAAUGAUAAUAAAAAACGUGAAAACACUCAAGAUUUGCAAAGCAAAAAUAGAAAAAGAAUAAAACAAAUGAGAUCAGAUGAAGAUAGUGACACUGAAGAAAGUGAUUAUGAUAAAAAUGAAUUCAAAGAUAGUCGAGUGUUUGAUAGUGAUGAAGAGUCGGAUGCCGAAAUAAAUAAUGAUUUAACAGGUGAUAAAAGAACUGUUUUAGACUUUUUUCAAACAGCAACUAAUAAUGAAUUGCAACUGAUGAAUUAUUGUUCAAAAAAGAAAGCAGAUAUUAUCAUUGAAUUAAGACCUUUUGAAGGCUGGAUUGAUUUAGUUCAAAAAUUACAAAAUAAUAAAAACCUCAGCCCAGAUUUGCUUAAUUCGGCACAACAAGUACUUGCUACUCGAAAUAAUAUUCGAUUAUUAAUGAGGAAGUGUACAAACCUGUCACAGCAGAUGGAAAGGGCAGUUGCCGCUGGGGCUGGCGUUAAAGUUCAACCGUCAAUUUUAAACAGUUCUUUAAAAUUAACAAGUUAUCAGAUGGUUGGAUUGAACUGGCUAGCAGUUAUGCAUAUACAGGGUGUUAAUGGGAUUUUAGCUGAUGAAAUGGGUUUAGGAAAAACCGUACAAGUUAUAGCAUUUUUAGCGCAUUUAAAAGAAAUAAGAGCGUCGAAAGUAGGCAUUCCGCAUUUAAUUAUAGUUCCUUCUUCUACAUUAGAUAACUGGCGUUCGGAGUUUGAACGGUGGUGUCCUACUUUAAGAAUAUUUAUGUAUUAUGGUAACAUAGAAGAACGUCGACAGUAUCGUAUGAGGUGGAAUAGGGGAGAAAUUAACAAUUACGAUGUAAUUGUGACCACGUACAGUAUGGUCACUAACACGUCUGAGGAGAGAAAAAUGUUCAAAUCAAUGCAAAUGCAUUACGUUGUGUUUGAUGAGGCACACAUGCUUAAAAAUAUGAAUACUCAACGAUAUGAAAACCUGAUUAAAAUAAGGGCAAUGAAAAGACUGUUAUUGACGGGAACGCCCCUUCAAAAUAACUUGCUUGAAUUAAUGUCUCUCUUAAAUUUUGUGAUGCCUUCAAUGUUCUCAGGGAAAACCGACGAUCUAAAAUCUUUAUUCCAAAAGAAUGCUAAAACUAAAGAAGAUAGAGAAGACUUACCGACUUUUGAAAAAGAACAGAUCGAACAGGCGAAACGUAUAAUGAAACCGUUUGUGUUACGCCGAUUGAAGAGAGACGUCCUCCAAGACUUGCCGAAUAAAUCAGACAAAGUUGAAUUUGUUCCGAUGGUGCCCACACAAAAAGAACAAUACGAAGAAUUGGUACAGUCAUUUCAAAAUAUUGGAAAACAAGAAUAUGUCUCAACAGCUUAUAAUGGUAUGGCGAUGAUGACUGACCUUAGAAAAUUAGCGAAUCAUCCACUGUUAAUGCGCUAUUUUUACCAGAUAGAUGAUUUAAGGGAAAUUGCCGAGUUGUUGGCUAAAGAUCCGGGUUACAAGGAUACGGUGGUCCAAUACAUCGUGGAUGAUUUAGUUUUUAUGUCUGAUUUUGAAAUUUUUUCAUUAACGAAACAAUUUCAGUGUUUGAAAAAGUUUGAACUAGCAGAUAACUUGAUAACAACUUCUGGAAAGUUCCUGUUCUUAGACAGAAUAUUGCCAACUCUAAAAGCUGGAGGCCACAGAGUAUUAAUUUUUAGUCAAUAUGUAAUUAUGUUAAAUAUCAUGGAAGAUUAUUUGUGUGUUCGUAAUCAUUCAUAUCUCAGACUUGAUGGAAGUACCCCAGUUAAUAUAAGACAGCAACUUAUAGACCAAUUCACGCAAGAUCCCGAAAUAUUUAUUUUCUUAUUAUCAACCAAAGCUGGCGGUUUAGGUAUAAAUUUAACAGCUGCGGAUACUGUAAUAAUUCACGAUAUAGAUUUCAAUCCAUAUAAUGAUAAACAAGCAGAAGACAGGUGUCAUCGAAUGGGACAACAAAAUCCAGUUAAUGUUAUUCGGUUAAUAUCUCAGGGAACCAUUGAGGAAGGCAUGUGGCAAAUGAACCAAGAAAAACUUAAAUUGGAAAAAGAGAUAACAGCAGAGGAGGCAGAAAACUCCGAUGUGAAAAGCGUUGUACGUUUACUAUCUUCAGCUUUGGGAAUCGACAGUUCAAAGGCAACAAACUUGGUUUCCCCAAAGAAGAAAUUAUGAUGAAGCUCAGUGUUGUGUAUUUUAUUUAAAUUCGUUAGUGUUUCAUCAAUUUUAUAAUAAUUUAAAAAGGAACGUGCAUGUUUAAUUUUUAUUACUUAUUAUUCUAUUAGGUGAAUUAUUUUUAAUUACUGCCGUUUUUUAUUCACAUUAUACUAGAACUUCAUUUUAAAACCGACUAUGUUUGUAAAACA